AUGUCUUCAUUGUUUAUAUCAUUCUGUUUUGCUAAGACUGUGAGUGAACCUGACAAGUAUAUUUCUGGAACUGCUUUGUAUUGUACUACUAAUGAUAAUGCUGAAUUCAGAGAAAUAACCUUUAAAGGAUUUAUAAAAAAUUCUGAUUCAUUGAUUACUCCUUUUGAGAAAAACACAAUUGUAUUAAUUGUUAAUAUAAUUCAAGCUGUACCCAUCUCAUUCUCCGAUAGUGAAUAUGUUUUUACACUAGAUGAUCUUCCAUUUUCCUCUCUGCUCUUACUUUUUACUGCUCCUGUUAUUGCAGAUUCUUAUUUCUCCAACAAUCAAGGAGGAAGAGAAAGCUUUAUGCUUUCACAACAAUUAUAUAAUGGUGUAAUUAACCACAAACAUGUUGAUUCCAGAGUUAUUGUUUCUUAUUCUAAUGAAACAAAUCGAUUAAAAAAUAUUCCACAUAUAAUCGCUGCUGAUAUAGAAUUUACUUAUGCUAGUAAUGAAGCUUCUUCUUCUAACUUUUCAACUAAUGGAAAAGCCAAAACUCAAGGUGAAUUUGCUACUCAACUCAAAAGUAUAAAAGAAAAAUAUGCAUUAAUAACUUCUCGAAAGAAUCAAAAACUUACAUUAAAACCAUCGCUAUUAUCAAAAUCAACAAAUAAUGAUCAAGCUUCUGUUAAUUUUGUUGAUCUUGUAUCUCAGAUUAAAGAUACAGAUUCUACUUCACAAUUUACAGUUAUUCAACCCUCUGCUCAUUCUACUAUUACACAAUCUACUAUUUCUCUGAAUAUUACUCAUUCAAAUUUUACUUCAAAUAAUACUUCUUCUGUCCUUCCUUCUAAUAUAACUCAACCUACUUUUUACUCUGAUAUUACUCAAUCUAAUAUUCGCUCUAAUAUCGUUCAACCUCCUCUUUACUCUAAUCUUACUCAACCUACUCUUAGACCUUCUAUUACUCAACAUUCUUUCUAUUCUAAUAUCAACUUUUUAUUCUAA